AUGUUCUCCACUUUCAUCCGCCCCGCCUCACUCUCGCCGACACCAACGCCGACGCCAACGACGCCGACGCCAACGACGGCGACGACGACGAUAAUGCCGGCGCCUGUUGGCCGAGGUCACGUCGAGUCGGAAACAACGGCGACGGCGACGGCGACGGCGACGGCGACGGCGAGGACGUGCAUGUUGCGCGCCGAGGACGGGCAUCGUCUCCUCUUCUCCAUCGACAGUCUCCUCAGGCCGGAUGCUCGCAGUCGCAAGGCGACGCCGGCGCGUCGUCGCCACGACGCCGGCCGCGGCUACGGCCUCGCCGUCGACAACUCGACGCCAACGUCGACGCCAACGUCGACGGCAAAGUCGACGUUGGCCGAUGCGGUGGCGACCUGUUGUAGUCCCGUCGAGGCGUCCGGCGGCGCGGCCGCUCUCGGCUUGACCAGUUUCCAAGAGAUGCUCUUCUUCCUGCAACGAAGUGCCGCCGAGUCCUGUUGGUCCGCGGCCCACCCCCCCGACGUCGCCUCGCAACCGGUCGUCGCGACGACGACCGGCCGACUGCAGGGCGCCGACGAAUCGGCUGCCGCCCUCUUCGGCGCCCUCGCGCCGACGGCCAAUCUGGUCGCCAUGCCGUUGCCAUGCCCCGGUUCGGCAGGGGGAGUGUCCGGCUUGUUCGAGCCUUGUCACGAGUCCGUCAAGUUGGCAGGCCUCGUGCCGCCCCUUGCGCUGCCGCUCUCUCUUCCUCUGCCGAUGCAGUUGCCUCUCUCUCUCGCUCUGCCGCUGCCAAUGCCACUGCCACUUCCGCUGACACUGCCGCUGCCGAUGCCGCUGCCACUGCCGCUGCCGAUGCCGAUGCCGAUGUCUCUGUCUCUGUCGCUGCCGCUGGCGAUGCCCGCCAGCGCCGACCAAUCAGGACACGAGGCCGGUGCCGCUUUCACUCCGGCCUCGGCGCGCCCGCUCCUCGCGCCCGCCGCCUCCGGCGCACCGCCCCUCCUCGCCGCCUCCUGCCCGUCUGGGCCACUCGUCUUUGCCAACUCGCAUGCCGGCAACAUCAUCAUCAACAACAACAACAACAACAACAUCAACAUCAACAACAACAACAACAGCAGCAGCAGCAACAGCAGCCCGUCGCCGCUCGCCUCGACGUCCGGACCCCCGCCCUCUUGGCCGGCACACGCCCCCGGCCUCGCACUGGCACUCGCACCGGGACCGGGACCGGGACCGGGACCGGGACUCGGCUCCUGCGGCCUCGCCGCUCUCCCCCCUCCGCUACAGCCGCCCUGUCGGACGCCGCAGCCGUUGGCGCCGGUCGUCGGGUCGCCGGCAGGCCGUCCCCCCUCGACGGGCGCCUUUGCUUGGGGCGUCGGUGACGGGCCGUGGGGGAGGAUGAGCUCAGUCUGGCCGGACGUGGGUCACUUGGCGACGGUCCGACGGGGCCACGAAUUGGCGGCCCGACGCGACCGAGUGAGUCGACGGAGGCGGCAUCGCGACAAGCCGAACGAAGGGGGGCGGGAGGCCGGUUUGAUGACAGACGGCGACGGCGACGACGACGGCGAAGACGACGACGAUUUGCAGGAGGAUGAAGAAGAGGAGGUGGAUGAGGUUGAGAGGGGCGAUAGAGAAAGGGGGGAGGGCGAAGAGGAAAAGAGAGAACAGGACGAAGGCGACGACGACGACGACAACGACGACGACGACGAUGACGACAACGAUGACGACGAGGGGGAGGAGGAGGAAGAGGAAGGGGAGGAGCGGGCGUUGGCCGACGGCGAGGCUGGGAGGGGGAGACCAGCCGUCGAAACUGUCGCCUUUGACUACCCCGAGCCGUACUGCCACCUUCAGACCUGCCCGACCCUCCUCGGACUGCCGACACCGACGCCAACGUCGACGUCGAGUGGAGCAUUAACGACGACGACGACGGCGACGGCGACGGCGACGGCGACGGCGACAAGCAACGGUUUGGCGGAUGCUCAGAGCCUGCUGUUGGCGGCGGCCGCGGCUGGCCUGCCGGCGCACACGUGGCUCGAGCUGACCGGCAAAUACGGUAAAGCAACAGUACAAAACGGACCGCAUGUCGCUUUUCCUAUUGUCAGCCUGACUCGUCCGUUGUGCCUAUUUCCGGCACGGCAACAAGACAUGUUGCAUGAGGAGAAUAAAAAGCAUCAUAUAAACUCGAAAGGUAUAGAAAAAUAG